UAUGGACUCUACAGUAAGAGACGUUGCCUUCAUUUGGCUCAGAAGAGUGAAAGAAUACAACUGGACACCUUCCUCAGGCUGGAAGGAAAGGGUUUGUCUUUGAUCUGAAAUUAUAUUCUCUGCUUGCGGAGAAGGUGGAAGGAAUCAAGAAUCAGCAAGAAGAGAAGUUUUCCAAAGAACUCCACAGUGGAACUAUGAGGAGGACUCUGCCACAGGCCUCUGAGGACUCAGGAGGAGUUGUAAAAAGAAGCCAUAGAGGAAAAAUCGUGCUCCUUUGUGUUCUGCUGUUCAGUGUUGUCCUGGGCCUUGUGCUACUCAUUGUCUUCACUACCAUUACAUGCAACCUAGAAACCUGCAAUACAACAACUUGCCUUCUGCUCUUGGCGAGGUUCCUGAGGGCCCAGAAUGAUGUUGUGGAUCCUUGUGAGGAUUUCUUCAAUUACACCUGUGGCAACUGGGAUGCCAACUCCACAUGGGGGAAGAACACGCCACUGGUGAAUGUCUUUGAUGUACUAUUGGAAGAAAACCAGCUCAUCAUGAAGAGGCUCUUAGAGGAGCCACAGCUUGGUGUUAACAGCUCAGCAAAUGAGAAAGCUGUACGGUUUUACACAUCUUGCAUGAAUACAGAACAGAUUGAAGCUCAAGGUGCUCAGCCUUUGAAGGAACUUAUAAAUGAGGUUGGUGGCUGGAACAUCACAGGCUCCUGGAAUGAAACUGAUUUUAACCAGACACUUCAGUUACUCAUGGGAAAAUACAAUACAUUCCCUUUCUUUAAAGCCUAUGUGGGUCCCAGUGCUUCUGAACCAACCAUGAAUAUUAUCCAGAUUGAUCACCCAGAGUUUGAGUUGCCGCCAGAAACUGACUUUAAGAAAACAACGAAAUAUUCCCAGGUUCUACGCUCAUACUACUCAUACCUCAUGAAACUAGGACUACUUAUGGGAGGCAAUAGAGAGAUUACUUCCACCUAUAUUUCCUUGGCAUUUUCCUUUAUCUCUAACCUCCAGAAGACAGUUACCCCGCUGAAAAAACGACGGGAAAAAAUGAUGCUCUUUUACUUCACCACAAUCAAAGAGCUGCAGGAAAAAGCUCCUGCUAUUGACUGGCUAUCAUGCCUCCGAGCAGCUUUCCACCCUGUGAAGCUGAACAUGUCUCAGCAAGUUGCUGUACAUGACAUGGAUUAUUUGCAAGGGAUGUCACAACUGAUUGCAGAAUGGCAGAAGAAGAGGGACGUAUUACAGAUCUACAUGAUACUCUGCCUGGUUGGAAAUCUCUCCCCAGCCUUGAAUAGACAAUUCCAAGAAGCUCAUCAGAAUCUGACAGACAUGCUGUAUAGUGGAACCACAGAAUCACAAAUGGUAAGAUCUGAGCGCUGGAGAAAAUGCCUCAGUGAGACCAGCACAUUUUUUGGUCCUGUACUUGGGAAGAUGGUUGUACAGGAGAUUUUCCCUCAGAACUCCAAGGAUCUCGCUGAAGUGAUAUUUGCUGAGAUCCGAGAUGCCAUCCACAGCCAUCUGGAUCAUGUGGAGUGGAUGGGCUACCAAUCUCGCCAACAGGCCAAGGAAAAGAUAUAUAAUCUCCAGGUGGAGAUUGGCUACCCAGAGAAAAUCUUCCAGACAGAUGAAGUAGAUGAUGAGUAUCAAGAGCUGGAAAUUUAUGAAGAUAACUUUUUCCAUAACGUGGUUGCCUGCCUGAAGUCUCUGAGGAAGACGUUCUCGCUGAAACUCGGCAAUUCCCAUCUGCAGGAUAACUGGGAAGUGGCCCCUUGGUCUGUACAUUCAUACUAUUCCUUGAGACGUCAUGCUGUUGUUUUUCCUGCUGGUAUGUUCCGCAGCCCUUUCUUUCAUACUGAAUUUCCCAGUGCUGUGAACUUUGGAGCCAUGGGAUUUUUCAUGGCACAUGAGCUGCUUCAUUCCUUCUAUGAUUAUGUGUUGACAAAGAACUGUUCCUCCUGUGAUAUGAAAACACUGGUGCAAGGUAUCGAGUGCCUUGUGAAACAGUAUGGGAGCUACUCCCUGGAAGGCUACCCUAUCAAUGGCUCAUUUACUCUUCUGGAGAAUGCUGCUGACACAGAGGGACUUGCCAUUGCUUACCAGGCCUAUCAGAACUGGUUGGCAAAGCAGAGCAGAGUGAAAAAGUUACCUUGGCCUGAGCUCUCACAUCAUCAACUCUUCUUCAUCAGUUUUGCUCACGCUAUGUGUGGGCACCCAAGACCUAAGGGACUGCAGACCUUCUUACAUAGGGAUCCACACAGCCCUCCAUCCCUUCGUGUCCUUGGGUCCUUAAGCAACAGCCGGGACUUUUCCAGACUCUUCCACUGUCCAAGUAAGUCACAAAUGAAUCCAACUCUAAAGUGUCACAUCUGGUAGAACAACCUGAAGAACACACAGGACAAUUGAUACAAAAGACAGGAACUAUGGGAUCAUGUGGAUUUAGUGGUGUUAAAUCAUGCCCAUUACCUGGGUUUUCCCCAUUUCUUCUUGUGCAAUCCACUUGUCAUGGUGGAAGACAUUCCAGCCAAGGAGGAAUAGCAUACAGAGAAGACACUGCGCUGUGGAAACAUCCUAUUACUUAUCAUCAUCCUAACCUGACUUGGGGAAAGGCUCAAACCAAGGGUCUGAAGAUUGCAUUCAAAGUCUCUGGUAUUUGCGUCUAGUGACACUGUUCAAAUCAGACGUGAACACAACACAGAGAGACUUUCUAACUGUUUUAGAAAUUGUUUUUGAAAGGGAUGAUGGGAUGCUGAGGCAUUAAGGUGCUGCAGCAUCGCUGGUACUAACAGAAGUGCUGAAUGUGUUGAAUGAAACCAGGAUGUAAUUGUCAUUAAGAUGCUGAACUGGUGUCUGAAUUAUACCACUUUGGAGCAUGAUUGAAUGUUCCUUCAUACAAAAAUUCCAGACGUAGGAGCUAGUAAGAAAAAGAAAGUGGCAUGACAUUACAUUUAUACUAAAAAAACUAAAAUAUUGAUUAUGUUUACAUUAAAAGGGGGACAUUUAUUUUAACCCAUUUAAUUCUAACCUGCUGUUUGAAAUUACAUUGCGUUACACCAUUCUCUCAUUGCUCCACUGUCUUUUUGUCCGUCUUGUGAGCCCACACUUGAAGUCUCAAUUUGUACACCCCAUCAUGAGUUGACCAUCACAGUCAGAACUAUGCUGUGUUUGAUCUUCAGAAUACACCAGAGCAAACCAUAGUUGCUGCUUGUAUGCUUUUGGUUGUUUUGUUUUUUUAUCACUCAGCUUUAUAUGCUCUCUUUCAUAUGAAGACAAAGCAAGGGCCAUAGCUGUCACUGUAUUACUUCAGACAUUACACCAAAUUAUACUUUGCAGUUUGCAAAAAGCAUGGUUUGCAAACACUAUGCUUUACAAGUCCACCUCAAAACAUAGUUUCCGAUUAUGGUUUGAGGGUGGAUUGCAAAUGAUAAUUUAUCAGUUCUGACAUUGCAGAAAAUUGUAAUUAUGUUAUAAUUUGGUUGGUUUUUGAAUUGACCCUAAGUAAAAACUUGUUUAUUAUUUUUAUUUCAUACAUUGUAUAGCUGAGGUCGUAUUGUACACCUGAGCUAUUUAGCUAUGGUUGAGUGUCAUACAACCCCAAGUCAAAGGGAAAUUGUGUUUCCUUCCUAAUUUGUCAUCUAAAGGCAAACCGGUGGAUUCAGUCCAAUGUCUGAAGCCAGUUUCUUUGGCAAGUUGCAGCUUUACUGAAUUUUAAUCGUUGUGUAGUUAAAAACACUGAUCACAGCUUAACAUGUAAAGAAAAAAAAUCUCCAUAUAUAUUUCAAAUAAAAGCAACCACACCGUUAUCUCAGGUACAUACUGGACAGGACCACUACCAAUAUCUCUUAAGGCAUGUCUUUCAGGAGCUUUAUAGCUUUCUCCAGCUCUGUGGUUUUCCUCUGCUUUGUAGUCUAAUAAGAUACCAUUUUACAAAUUGGAUAAAUUUUAUUCCAUUUCAGCAUCCAUAAUAGGGAGUGUGUGCUAGUGAGGAAGACAAGAAAGGUUUAGAUAUUUACUAAAGAGACAACAAAACUGGCCUUUGCUGGCCUCUUCAGUUUUGCUUUUCCUCACCACCACCAGCUGUUGUCCAGCUGCUUUUCCUUCAAAAUAAAACUGGCAACUAAUGUAACAGAUAGUUUGGCUCUGUUUCUUAUGAUUUCCAUGUCAUCCACUCCUCAUCCCAAUAUAAUUGAAUACAUUGUGGUUUCAGAAGGAGAAAUGAAGAUGAGUCUGGCAGUCCUCUUUAUUAGAACAAAAGACUACAGUUGGAAGAUAAGAAAAACCUAACCUUUUUUUUCCAGAUCUGCAUCUUAAUGUUUUCUUGAAAAUCAUAUAAAAAUAAACUAAAUACAUAUCUGUAUAACUCAGGGACAGCCAUGUAAAACUCAGGGACAUCUCUCUCUGGUUCUUCUGUGGAGUAGGAGAUACACUGCUGUUACUGAGUCCCCACAAAAUAAGAACAUGAAACUUCCACAGUUCAAUCAUUAAAAAUUAUAGCUGACUAAAGCAUUGAUUAUUCUCAUUGCUCUCCAGUUGCAGAUAGUGCAUUUUUCCCUUGCACAUUGCAUGUGUAAUCCACUGGAAUAUUUUCUUGCACAAAGUCUACUGAAACAAAUAGAAGCUGUGCAAAUACACUGCCAUGUUUUAAAUCAGCCUUUACUCAUUUUAGUGGAUAUCUGCAUGAAAAUGUCUUUGUGGAUUUAUUUCUUAUUUUUUCAUACAGUUCACUCUGAUUCAUUUCUCUCUUACUCACUCUAGCUUAAUUCUAGAAACUAUUGUUACUAUUUUUGUAAUCUAGUGUUCACUGUGAUAGCCUUUAAGUUGUAGUGACUA